AUGGGACUUGGUCUGCAGACAGGUUUUCUUAGUAAUUUUGAUGACACAUUUGGUGUCUCAUUCCUGGAGGUUCAGGAGCAGGCGGCUCCAUUCUCCAGAAAAACUGAUCUGCAGGAAAGCCCAAAUCCAUCCAUUUGUCUGUCAUGUGUUGAGCAAAUAGUGCUGACACCAGGAAAUGUGCAGCACUUGACACGAGACCAGCACGGUGUCCUCUGCCCUCAGACGAAGGGGCAGUUUGGCAAACUGGAGCAGAAGGAGACUCCUGGACGUGGGCAGGAGUUAGGUGACCUGCUGGAGAGAUGGAGUCCUUCAGCCAUUCUCCACAUUGUUUCACUAUAUGAGGAGAAGAAAAUCUCGCAUCAAGAUGCCUUAACCGUCAUCCUGCUGUCUACAUCCUCCUUGGAAACCUGCCCUGAUUGUCAAACACAGUUUCAGGGAACGGAUGAAAGACUGAAAGGAAGCCAGGGCGUGACACGGUGCCAUUUUACAGAGCAGCCUGUGGCAGGCGCGCUGUUUGCGCCCCGGCAGGGGGUUUGGGCGGGAGAGCCGGAGGAGCCCGUCCCAGAGGUGCGGGCCCUGCCUGCCCCCGCAGCCGGCGGCGUGACGUUCCUGCGCGCGUUUGUGGUUCGCGGGAGCGGUUACAGCGCUACCUGCCCCGCUUCCCGUCGUUCCGGGGGUACCUGGAAAAAUAUAAGGACUUUUCUUUCGGCAUGUUGUGAAAUAUUUGGGAUGAAGAAAAGUGAACUCUUUGAAGCAUUUGAUUUGUUUGAUGUGAGAGAUUUUGGAAAGGUGAUAGAAACACUUUCAAAACUCUCUCGCACUCCUAUUGCAAUUGGGACAGGAAUCAGGCCCUUCCCUACAGAAGAAAGCAUUGAUGAUGAAGAUGUCUACAAAGGACUUCCUGAUUUAAUAGAUGAAACUGGUGUUGAUGAAGAUGAGGAGUUGUAUGAUUGUGUCUACGGAGAAGACGAAGGUGGGGAGGUUUAUGAAGACCUAAUGAAAGACGAAGCAGCACAGCAACCUAAAUAUACUGAGAAUGACAUAAGAAGCUGUUGUCUGGCUGAAAUAAAGCAAACUGAAGAGAAAUACACUGAAACUCUGGAAUCAAUAGAGAAAUUUUUCAUGGUGCCAUUGAAAAGAUUUCUGUCAGCAUCAGAGUUUGAUACUGUUUUCAUCAACAUUCCUGAUUUAGUGAAAAUUCACAGGAAUUUGACACAGGACAUAAAUGAUUCCAUUGUUAACAAAAAUGAUCAGAACCUAUAUCAAAUUUUUAUUAACUACAAGGAAAGAUUGGUUAUUUAUGGACAGUACUGCAGCCAAGUGGAGAUAGCAAUAUCAUGCUUAGACAACAUCUCUAAGACAAAAGAAGAUGUUAAAUUGAAGUUGGAGGAAUGUUCCAAAAGGGCCAAUAAUGGGAAAUUUACAUUACGGGAUCUUUUAGUGGUUCCAAUGCAGAGAGUGCUAAAAUACCACCUGCUGCUCCAGGAGCUGGUAAAGCACACUACUGAUCCCAUGGAGAAGGCAAAUCUAAAACUGGCACUUGAUGCGAUGAAGGACUUGGCUCAAUAUGUCAAUGAAGUAAAGAGAGAUAAUGAAACACUCCGUGAAAUUAGACAGUUUCAGCUAUCAAUAGAGAAUCUGAAUCAUUCCCUGUUACAGUAUGGAAGACCUCAAGGUGAUGGGGAAAUAAGGAUAACUACAUUAGACAAACGUGCAAGGCAAGACAGGCAUAUCUUCUUGUUUGAUUUAGCUGUAAUUGUUUGCAAACGAAGAGGUGAUAAUUAUGAAAUGAAGGAAAUAAUAGAUCUUCAGAAAUACAAAAUUACAAAUAACCCCACUACUGAUAAAGAAAAUAGGAAGUGGUCUUAUGGCUUCUACCUCAUUCAUAUCCAAGGUCAAAAUGGUUUAGAAGUUUAUUGCAAAACUAAAGACUUGAAGAAAAAAUGGCUUGAACAAUUUCAGAUGGCUCUGUCAAACAUACGGCCAGAUUAUGCAGAUACAAGCUUUCAUGAGUUCAAAAUGCAUACCUUCAGUCGUGUGACAUCUUGCAAAGUCUGUCAGAUGCUUCUGAGGGGAACGUUUUAUCAAGGCUAUUUAUGUUCUAAAUGUGGAGCUGGAGCACACAAAGAAUGUUUAGGAAGAUUAGACAAUUGUGGCAGAGCUAAUUCAGGUGAACACGGGAACCUGAAACAUGAGAAAAGAACAAAUGGAAUUAGAAGAAACUCCAGACACGUGGACCCAGGUUUACCAAAAAUGCAAGUAAUUAGAAACUACAGUGGAAUACCACAGCCAGCGACACAAGAUGGUCCACCCUUGCACAUCCAGAUUGGGGACACUAUUGAACUAAUUAGAGGAGACGCACAUAGCUUAUUUUGGCAGGGCAGAAAUCUAACAACAGGAGAGCUUGGAUUCUUCCCAAGUGAUGCAGUAAAGCCUAGCCCAUGUGUGCCUAAACCAGUAGACUACUCUUCACAACUGUGGUUUGCAGGAGCAAUGGAAAGAUUGCAAGCAGAGAGUGAACUUAUUAACAGAAUAAAUAGUACUUACCUGGUUCGGCACAGGACCAAGGAGUCAGGAGAAUAUGCAAUUAGUAUUAAGUACAAUAAUGAAGUGAAACACAUCAAGAUUGUAACAAGAGAUGGCUUUUUUCACAUUGCAGAAAACAGAAAAUUUAAGAAUUUAGUGGAACUCGUAGAAUACUAUAAGCACCACUCUCUCAAAGAAGGCUUUCGAAGUUUGGAUACUACUCUUCAAUUUCCAUACAAAGAAACUGAAAACUCAGUGGGACAAAGAAGUAACAGAACAGGUGGCAACUUGCUAAGUCCAAAGGUGAUAGGCAUUGCCAUAGCCAGGUAUGACUUCUGUGCAAGAGACAUGAGGGAACUGUCCUUGUUGAAAGGUGAUGUUGUGAAAAUUUAUACAAAGAUGAGUGCAAAUGGCUGGUGGAGAGGUGAAGUAAAUGGAAGGGUGGGCUGGUUUCCAUCAACUUAUGUUGAAGAGGAUGAAUGAAUUAAAAACUUUCCUCUGCUGACCAUCAGUUUCAGGGAUUUAAAAAUUUAAUGUCUUCCAAGUGUUAUUGGUCUUGUUAAGUGUUUAAACAGCAGCAUUUUUGUCUUCUCUGAACCUUCCACUCUUUAUGUUGGGAUUUACACAGAAGUUUGUUCUGACAGUUUAUUACCUUGCCCAGAGCUGUGCAAGAAAUGACCUGCCAGCAUACCAUCACUGGGGACCAGUACAAAGUCCAACCCUCACCUUCCCAGAUGAUGUCUGGAAAACAUUUCUUUAUGCUCCUUUUAAUUUCACCCUGUAUUACACCAUGAAUACGAGCUAUGGCUGAAAAUUUAAUAAGUCUGUUUCUUCUUGCUAACAUCUGGGAUGGUAAAAGGAGAUGAAGGCUUAUUAUUUCUUAUCACUGCAUGCAGCAAACAGAUUUCAGUCAUUCCAGUGGGCAUAAAGUGUAGUCAGUAGACUUGUCUUGAAACAUCAAACUAAUUUAUUUAUCACCU